CUGGGAACUGUGGCCUUCAGGUCGGAAAUAUACAAAUAUGCCCGAGUUUCCGGCUUGGAAUUCCGUGUUGGAAGAUCAUUAUAAAAAGAUUCUGCCCAGUCAGAGUUCGUUUUUUUCCUAGUUGUCGUGAAUGCACUGUCGUAGGAAGUGGAGAUUUCCGAGUUCCCAGUUGUUUCGAAUGUGGCAUUGGUAGAGACGAAUUUCAAGGGAUUAUCGAGCUAACGUGCACACUCGCCAGCAAACGUUACAAGUGGAGCCGAAAGAUAAUACCGAUGUCCAAUGGAAGAUACUCUGGAUCAAUUUCUAAUGGCGUAGACUGAGAAUAAAUAUAACUGUUCCAGAUGAGAGCCUCAGGACCAGCAUAAAGAUCCCCUGAAUUGGGAAGUUUGAACUACCACAUCCUACAACAGUACCUGGGACAGUAUGGAUUCUCUCCAGAGCUACAGAGGAGGUAGCAGCAGCUGCAAGUGUUUAUGUUGGAGGCCGAUACCAUCAUAGCUAUUGACCAUCAGAACACUAAUACUGGAGUCUCUAUAGAGACAUGAACUGCUGACCUUGAUCUACAGUGUGUUAUUGUGUAAGCAGGACUAAGCAGUGCUCCCACCUGGGCACUACGCCAUGUCUCCUCUCUCUGCUCUGGGUGUUUUCUGUGGAUUGUUCCUUCCUCUGUCUCUCAGUGAAUACAACACUCACAACUGUAUCCCACGGAAGAGUGUCCUUUACCAGGACAAUAUGAAGCUGUUCAGAGAGGAAGGGAUUUGUAACUACUCCACCAUGUUGGUUCGAGAGGAUUUGGGCCUGCUGCUGCUCGGGGCUCGAGAGGCUGUCUAUGCCCUGGACAUCAAUGAUAUUUCAAUCAAGAAGUCAUGGGUAUACUGGCGGGUCACCAAGGAGAAACAGAUGGAGUGCACAUACAAAGGGAAACAUGCUGAAAUCGAAUGCCGUAACUACAUCCGUACGCUGCAUAAAGUGGGUGAUGGCAGAAUGUAUGUGUGCGGGACAAAUGCUUUCAGCCCCACCUGUGAUUACAUGACGUAUUCUGAAGGACAGCUGAGACUAGAGGAAGCGCAGGAGGAGGGAAAAGGGAAAUGCCCCUUUGACCCCUUCCAGAGAUACUCAUCCAUCAUGGUCGGAAAUGACCUGUACUCUGCUACCUCAAUCAACUUCCUGGGCUCUGAGCCUGUUGUUCUCCGCAGCUCUUCCUCUGCUCUCCGCACCGAGUUCAAGAGCUCCUGGCUCAACGAACCCAACUUUGUGUACAUGGACCUUGUCCCCGAGAGCAAUAACAACCCAGAGGGUGAUGAUGAUAAGGUCUACCUGUUCUUCAGCGAGAACGCUAUGGAGUAUGACUUCUACAACAAGCUCAUGGUGUCACGAGUGGCUCGUGUAUGCAAGGGGGAUAUGGGCGGCCAGCGGACGCUCCAGAGGAAGUGGACGUCGUUCCUGAAGGCUCGUCUGGACUGCUCUCUGCCAGAGUCCAGCCUGCCCUCCAUUGUACAGGAUGUCUUCCUACUCAAAAAUGAUGACUGGGGCAAAAGUGUUUUCUACGCAGUGUUCACUCCCCAGUCGAGCUUGUCCGACAUGUCUGCAGUGUGUGCGUACAGUGUGUCAGCUAUCGGAGAUGUGUUCAAUAAGGGGAAGUUUAAGACACCAGUGACUGUGGAGACGUCCCAUGUGAAGUGGGUAAUGUACAGUGGAGAGGUGCCCACCCCCAGACCUGGAGCUUGCAUUAACAAUGCAGCACGGGCCCUUGGGAUGGAGCGCUCCCUGGACCUGCCAGACAAGACCCUGCAGUUCAUCAGGGACCGGCCCCUCAUGGACGAGGCCGUGCGCCCUCUGACCGGGGGUCCGCUGCUGGUCAAAAAAGGUGCCAUGUUCACGCGCCUGGUGGUGGACAACGUGCUAGCUCUGGAUGGAGAGAGAUACGCAGUCAUGUUCAUCGGCACAGAGAACGGCUAUGUGCAGAAGGCAGUGAACUAUGCUGGGGAGAUGAUCAUCAUUGAGGAAAUACAGCUGUACCAGACCCCAGAGGCUAUCAGGACGCUACGCCUCUCCUCCAGCACGGGUCAGUUGUAUGCAGGCUCAGAUUUUGGAGCAGUGCAGAUGCCUCUGAGUGACUGUGGCCGCUAUGAGUUGUGUCUGGACUGUGUCUUGGGUAGAGACCCUUACUGUGGAUGGGACCUCUCCACUGGCAUCUGCUCUGCUGUGGCCAGUUCAUCCUCUGACACGAACAUGAUUCAAAGUCUAAAAGAUGGUGAUAUAUCAAAAUGUCCAAAAUCGGAGACUGUGAAGCCAGAGAACUACACCUUAGUCCCUGGGAACAACAUCAAGCUGCCGUGCCAUCCUGCCUCCAACCUGGCUCAGGUACACUGGCUCUUCUUAGGGCAACAGCUGCAUGCUGACGCUAAGUAUUACAUCUACAACGGAGGAAUCCUUAUUCUUAAUGCCUCUGCCUCCGACGCGGGCCAGUACAUCUGUGAGUCUGUAGAGCAGGUGAAAAGAAGACCACACACCAGGACUAUGGCAGUCUAUCAACUGCGGCCCCACACUAAUGCAGAUGGUGAGGAGGAGGAGGAGACGACGACACAGUCCCCCCGUAGCCACAAUAUCCCACUACCAGAGGUGCCACAGACUUUGGAGCCCCCGCUCCCUCCUGAGUCAUGGAGUGUAGACAGCAGGGUGGUAGGCCUGCAGGUGGCGGUAGCGCUCCUCUCUCUGAUGCUGCUUGGUCUAGUAGCCUGGAAUCUAUAUAAAAGGAGCUUUAGAAACAGAUCUUCAGAGAACUCCGGUGUGGGCCAGGUGAAAAGGCUGUCAGUUGACUACAUUCAAAAUAGGACUUCAGUGAUUAAGUUGCUGGGACCUACACCCAGUCAUAACGCAAACAAUAACCAUCACGCGGUCAUAUCUUUCAAAGGGAAUGGGGAGCACCACUUUUCUCCGGGAGGCAAUAUUUCCACUAUGGAUGGGUUAGGUUACAUUGACAACGAGUCAGAGAUCUGACCCUGAGUGUUAACCACUCUCUGGGGUUUGCUCUCUUUCUCUCACCAGGCAGCUGAUUUAGGACACUAUGGCAAUGUCAAGCUCUGUACAUUGGACUUGCGAUAGAGGGGAAUGUUUUAUAUUUUUCUAGGAAUUGUCCAGAAAAACAUUUUCCCACCAGGUUGAAUUUAUUUUAUAUAGUCAUGCCAUAAGGCAAAUAUACAGUGAGCUCCAAAAGUAUUGUGCCCAGUAGAAAUGAAUGGUAAAUAAGUCAUUGUGAGUCACUUAUUGUAAAUAUGAAUAAUGUUUCUAAAAACAUUAAUGUGGAUACAGAUAGUCCUGAAUGAAUUGUGAUUAAUUAGAAAGUUUACAGAUCAAAUGUCAUACCCACCUCUCACAAUUACAAUAACAGGGGAGGUUAGCAUGAUAUUUGUGCAUCUAACUUUCUCACUCAUAAUUAGUCCUGAAUGAAAUUGUGAAUAUUUGUAAUCAUGAUAGCAUCCACAUUAAUGGAGAAGUGUGUAGAAGCAUAUUUAAUUUUUUAUUUACAAUAAGUGACAAAGAUGUCAAAAUAUUAUUUACCAUUCAUUUCUAUUGGGUACAAAAUAAUCUGAAACACUACCAAAACAAACAGCAAAUGCAUCCAACAAGUUUAGAAAGGGAAAGACCUCAUCAGUUGUUCAACAGAAAUGUGUCUUCCGCAUUUAACCUAACCCUUCUGAAUCAGAGAGGUGCGGUGGGCUGCCAUAAAUCGACAUCCACGUCUUCGGCGCCCAGGGAACACUGGGUUAACUGCCUUGCUCAGGGGCAGAACGAGUCACAAGCUUGAUGUAAUAAUCAUUGUGUGUUAGGAAUAUGGGAUCAAAUACUGAACUACUUUAAUACAAUUGAAUUUGUCCCAGUACUUUUGGUCCCCUAAAAUGGGGGGUGGAGGUGAGAGACUAUGUACAAAAAGUUCUGUAAUUUCUAAACGGUUCACCUGAGAUGGAUGACAAUUACUCUCAAAUUAAAUCUGACAUUCUGCACUUUAACCUCAGCCAUUGUAUCAUUUAAAAUCCAAAGUGCUGGAGUGCAUAGCCAAAACAACAAUGUGCCACUGUCCCAAUACUGUUGGAGCUCACUGUACUGUGCUAAAUAUUUUGUACAGUUAUGGUAUAUUUCAAAUAUUUUGUAUUAAAGGCCCAGUGCAGUCAAUGUGAUAUUCCUAUAUUUUGUAUAUACAGUACGAGUUCAAAGUUGACACCUACUCAUUCCAGGGUUUUCCUUGUAUUUUCUACAUUGCAGCACAAGUGAAGACCUCAACUAUGAAAUAACACAUAGGGAAUCAUGUAGUAACCAAAAAGUGUUAAAGUAGACACCAUUUGCCUUUGACAGCUUUGCACACUCUUGGCAUUCUCUCAACCAGCUUCAUGAAGUAGUCACCUGGAAUGCAUUAAGUUAAUUUGUGGAAUUUCUUUCCUUUUAAUGCAUUUGAGCCAAUCAGUUGUGACAAGGUAUGGGAGGUAUACAGAAGAUUGCCCUAUUUGGUAAAAGACCAAGUCCAUAUUAUGGCAAGAACAGCUCAAAUAAGCAAAGCGAAACAACAGUCCAUCAUUACUUUAACACAUGAAGGUCAUUCAAUCUGGGAACAUUUCAAAUACAGUCACAACCAUCAAGCGCUAUGAUGAAACUGGCUCUCAUGAGGACUGGCAGUUACCAACCUCAGAAAUUGCAGCCCAAAAAUGUUUAAGUAAAAGACACAUCUCAACAUCAACUGUUCAGAGGAGACUGUGAAUCAGGCCUUCAUGGUCAAAUUGCUGCAAAGAAACCACUAAAGGACACCAAUAAUAAGAAGGCAUGCUUGGGCCAAGAAACAUGAACAAUGUACUUUAGACCUGUGGAAAUAUGUCCUUUGGUCUGAUGAGUCCAAAUUUGAGAUUUAUGGUUCCAACCGCCGUGUCUUUGUGAGACGUAGAGUAGGUGAACGGAUGAUCUCCGCAUGUGUGGUUCCCACCGUGAAGAAUGGAGGUGUGGGGGUGCUUUGCUGGUGACGGUCUGAUUUAUUUAGAAUUCAAGGCACACUUAACCAGCAUGGCUACCACAGCCUUCUGCAGCGAUAGCACAAACCAGAUGGGAUAUCAUUCAUUUUUCAGCAGGACAAUGACCCAACAACUCCAGGCUGUGUCAGGGCUAUUUGACCAAGAAGGAGAGUGAUGGAGUGCUGCAUCAGAUGACCUGGCCUCCACAACCACCAGCCACAACCCAAUUGAGAUGGUUUGGGAUGAGUUGGACCGCAGAGUGAAGGAAAAGCAGCCAACAAGUGCUCAGCAUAUGUGGGAACUCCUUCAAGACUGUUGUAAAAGCAUACCAGGUGAAGCUGGUUGAGAGAAUGCCAAGAGUGUGCAAUGCUCUCAAAGGCAGGCUACUUUGAAGAAUCUCAUAUUUUGAGAUUCACACUUUUGGUUACUGCAUGAUUCCAUGUGUGUUAUUUCAGUUUUGAUAUCUAUUAUACAAUGUAGAAAAUAGUCAAAAUAAAGGAACUCUUGAAUGAGUUGUGUCCUUUUUGACUGGUACUGUAUGUAUAUGUAGCAGAAAAGCGAUAAAUACAAAAUGGGUCCUCAGAGUGGUAUGGGUAAAAAUGUACAGCAACCGACAGUCACUUCACUGGAAUUAGUUUUUCUUCUGGGAGUUUGUUUUACACAAUGACAGACAUGAGGUCUGCCUGUCAUAAUGUCCCUGCCAUUAUGAUCUACUGAAAGCUGUGAAUACAGUAUUGGUAUGGCAUUUUGUACUGUAUUGAAAAUGGAUGCAUACUUUAAAGUAUGAAGUAAACGUAAUGUGGUAUUUGUUUGAUUGAAAUGUUUAUGGUAGUGAGUCAUUGCUAGUCUCGUACGACACAUCCUAAUCUCGCAAGCUUACAUUGUUUCACUCCACGGACACAGUAUCUGUGUAGCAAAACUGAAUGAAAGCUUGUAAGAUCAGGGUGGCUCGUGCUAGGCUUAGUCAUUGCAGCAACACAUUUGAAGCAUUUUCAAGAAUGUCUUCUAAAUAUUCACUACAGAAUGACAUGCAUUACAGACAAGCCAUACAAAGCAAAUUAAAAAUAAACCUCUAUGGUAGUUAACCCUGGAGAUGAACACUUGA